GAACUUGCAGCUUCGGAUUUUCUUUUCAUUUUUGGUAAAACCAGCAACUGGAUGUGCCAAAAGAUCCUGCCCAUGGAUCCCAUGGACAGCCUGUCCCAACUCAGAAGCUGACCAAUGUCUGACCUUGGACAAUAUUUGGCUGAGGCCCCUACAGCCUGUGGGUCAACCGAUCAAGUAGAAAAAGGUAAAGUCAGCCCUUUUCUGCACGAUUGCCCUGAAAGGUGAGUCUUUACGAACAGCUUGGCUCGACACCACAUUUAGCCAUCGAUGCAUUUGGGACGGGUUUGCACAGAAGCAGCUUCUGCAUCAAGCCAACUCUGCAAAUCCGUAGCAUGCACCCCGCCGCGCUUGGCUUCCUCGGCAAUGAUCGGUGGAUCCCAAAUUAAUCCCAGCCGCACUUCUGGAAUUUUACUCCCGGAGGAACAGAAGGAGCUGCUUUAUUCUUCUGCAUCCCGGUCUUUCUCCCGGCCACGAGACCAAGGCCUGUUCUUGCCUCCGUUCGCUCCACCCCGCCUUGGGAUAAUCGGAUUGGAGGAGCGGGAGGAACGGGGGGAAAGACGGGCGGAAAACCGCGGAGCGCCCAAGCAUCUUAAGGCUGGGGGCCGUGCGAUCGCUUGCGGGAUGCGCAAGAGCAGGAGGCGGGGUUGGGGAGCCGAGGAAGCCGCUUCUCUGGAACGUCGGCUGAUCCAGGCGGACCCGCCGGCUCGAAUGGCGGCGGCAGCGGCGACGGCGACGACCUCUCCGCCGCCCGGGACGGCCCUGCCUCCUUUCCAAUUCCGCCCUCGGCACGAAGGCCCGAAUUGGCGUCGCCUGAGCGCUGUGGAAGUGGACCGCGUGGCGGCCGAAGUGAACGUGGCGGUGCUGCAGGAGCACCUGGAGCACGUCACCUUCUGCAACGCCGGCCGCGAGCGUUGCCCUCACUGCCAGGGCCCCGCCGACCCUCUGCUGCUCAAACUCCUGCGCCUGGCCCAGCUCUGCCUCGAGUACCUGCUCCACUCCCAGGAUUACCUCAGCGCCCAACUCCGCGCCGGGCAAGAAUUGCUUCGGGCCGCCGAUGCUCACCGCGACCUGCUGGCCAAGGAUGUGGCCCGCGGGGCCCAGCAGAUCCGGCUGCUCAAGGAGGAGUGCAAGCGCCGCAAGAAGAUGAUCGCCACCCAGCAGAUGAUGCUCCAAGCGGGAGCCACCUAUCAUCAGUGUCAGUUUUGUGACAAAGCCUUUAUGAACUCCUCCUUCCUGCAUAGUCAUUUGCAGCGUCGCCAUUCAGAAGAACCAGUCACUGAUCAGAAGAAAAAAUCACAGACUUAUAAACUGCAGGAGGAGAUCAACCAACUGAAGGAGCAGUUGCAACUUACCAGGUCUCAAUUAGAAGCUGAACAACAUGCCCAUAUAGUCAAACUGUCUAAGGAAUAUGAAGAUCGCCGAUCCAAAGAGGAGGAGAUUCGGCACUUAUUUCACAAAUGGAAAGAGGAAGAAAAGGAAAAAUUGGCCCGUGAACUUGAGAAGGUGAAAGAGAUGUUUAUGAAGGAAUUUAAAGAAUUAACUGCAAAAAAUUCAGAAUUAGAAAAUCAUUUGCUAGAGGUACAAAAGUCCAACCAACAUCUGAAAUCCAAUUUAGGCACUUUAAAAGAUACCGUUGAAUUAACAGAUGAGAAACAUCGGAUUGCUACGGAUCAUCAGAACGUAAUGCAGCUUCUUGAAAAACAGGAAGCUAAGUGGUCUUCUAAGGUACAAGCUCUUCAAGAAGAACAUGAAAAUGAAAAGUACCAGCUCACAACUCAAAUUGAGAAGCUUAAAGCAUCAGUGGCUGAGGAACUGAAUAUGAGCAACAUUUUCUAUGAGAAGAGGCUAGAAGAAGUAGGACAGAAGCUGCAAGAACAAAAUGAUCUUAUUAUUAUCCAGAAACAUCAGAUAGAAAAACUGGCUUCAAAAAAACCAGUAGAAAACUCGAAGUUAUCUGAAGUGAAAACUUCAGCACAAAAUGUUCAACCCAAAUCAAGCCCGUCAUCCAUGCAUGAUUUUGGAAUUGAAGCAGAAAAUCAAUCUGUUCUCCCAGCUGUAAGGCUAUUAUCAAAAGAACGUCCAGAAUCUGCUGUCCAAGAACAGGCCCCUUUGGUACCCAUGCUGGAGCCCAUAGAGGAGCUUCCAGAGAAUGAAAAAGAAAUAGAAAAGCAAGUACCCCAAACAGGAAAGAAUAAAUCUCACAUAAAUAUCUUGAAGAGCGAUCCUUCUUUAACAAAAGAGCUGAGAACUGUUUUGGAGCAGACCCUAGCAGAAAAGUUGGAAUCCUUGGGAAUUAAAUCAGGAGUGCGUGGCAUCCCAAGUGAUCAUCUGAACAGAGUCUUAAUAUCUGUUGAGACUGCUAGAGAAGAGAGAAAAAAACAACUGCCUGACAUUCAACACAUUCGGGAGCAACUUGAACGACAAGUCAGUUUCAGAGUUGCUGAAAGAUCAUCUUGCAGCAGAUUUCUUUCCAACCCUCUUCUUUCUUCAGAAGCUAAAUACAGGACAACUCGUUUAGGAACUUCAUUACCCACCGUUUUUCCCAAGCCAGUAAAACGUUCUUCCAUUACCAAACAUUCACUCGUGCAAAGAACAUUGCCUGCUGAAAACACUUCAACCCCAAAAACCAAGAAGAAUAUGUUGAAGGAUGAGAUUUCUAGAAAGCCACCUAGUACUGUAACUCCUCCAUUUAGCUCAGAAGAGGAAGUGGAGGAUAAUGACAUCAGGCACUCCUACAUCUCACCCGAAUUAUCUCUGCAUAAGGCAUCCAAGAGCCACAACAAAGACAAUUUGACAAGAUUUGCAUAUCGGAGUGAUGUAAACAUCCCUGAAGACGAAGUAGAUCUUAAGCCAUCCAGAAGCAGAAGCUCUUUACUUCAAAAUGAGAUGGAUGAAAUGGAAAAGUUUCUUUUGAGCCAAAGAAAAGAAAGCAAAGAAAUUGGAGGAAUGAAUGGUGGUUCAUCAUCUAUUCAUACAUGUGCCCAAGGAGUAAAGUUUACAGGUAUUGGAGAGGAGGAUGACUGGGAUUUAUCAUCUCUGGAAGAUGAAAAACCUUUGAAAGAUGAGAAAAAUAAGAAUGUACGUGCUGUUGAAAAGAAUGAUCCAUGUGCUGUGUCAAUGACCCAUGAAUGGGGAAAACCAGUAAAGGAUGAAGGACGUCCAGAUGCAGAUAUGUCAAGCUCACCGAAAAGCAGCUUGGUCACUGUUACAGAUUGGAGUGACUCUUCAGAUAUUUGAUUGUGCAAGGAGGUUUAAUCUGAUUUCUGUCCUUUUUUCUUAUGGUGCACUAACAAGGAACUUUUCUUUACAAAA